AUGGCAUACCCAACACCACCACCAACCAGCUCCCCCAAGGACGAAGUCAACCGCUGCCACAACCAGAACUGUUUCGACGUGCCCUCUCAGGUUCCGGCACAAGAGCCAUAUUGCCCUCCACCUCAUCACAUCCCAGCCCAAGAAUCCUACUUCCCAUCCUAUUCUGGCCCCAACUCACCCACAAGCUUCUAUGCACCUCCUGGUCCACCUCCAAAUCUCAACCCUCAAAGCAAUCCCGUAUACUAUUCCAGCGUCCCACCAAAACGACGAACCCCUCCCCCUCGACCACUAUAUUUCUCGCCAACCAACAAGCCCCCCUCCCCCUACAACACCGGGCGUCCAAAACCGCGUCCCGGCUUCCUCGAGCGGGUCGCCCUAAAGUUAGCUGCUUGGAUACAAAGCUUCAUCCGCUGGGGUAAGGAGAAUCCUAUAAAGGCCGGCCUCGCAACCUUCAUACCCGUAUUACUGAGCGCGGGAGUGGUGCGGGCAGCGAAGGGAUUGAGUGGGCCGUUAAAGAAAGUUCUAGGGUUCUUUUUGGAGGGCAUGGGAGGUGGGAAGGCAAAAGGGGUGGAGAAGAAACUAGCGAAGGGCGCAAAGAAGGAAUUUGGGUGGGGCUUGGAUCAUUUUGUGGGGUUUGGGGGGACGAAAAGCGGACCGGUUGAUGGUAUUAUGAAGGUUUUGCAGAUGUAUACGUGA